AUGUGCGUGCCAAAGUCAGAGAAAGGAAGCUCUCUGGACAAACAUUUGGCACUCGAUUGGCCGAAGUUAUGCCGUGGAGCGCUAAUUGACUUCAUCAUCCCGCUCGAACAAGUACAAUUAUACAUCGGAGCAGCGUCGUCUGGCUGGACCGCUAUGCAGACCGUGUGGUCAAGAGUUGCGCAAGCACAAUGUGUUUGUAAUUGUCCCUCCUGUCUAUUGACCACCAGUGGCAUUGCUCGACGGGCAACAACGGCUACAGCCCGACGAACAAUCCGUGUCGGCGAUGUCUUCACAUUCUCUGUUUCCUCGCUAGCAGCCGGGCUUGCCUUCGCAGAUUCCCGCAAAAAAGAUGACAGGCGAAAGCAAUGGGACAGAGUGAUUGGAGAAGCAAGAGCAACGGUAGAAGCUACGGAGAUCCAGCAACAGAGCCGGCUUGCAGCUUUGUCAGAUGACGCCAGAGUGGAAGCAUUGGACAAAACCGGGGCAGCUGAAUAUCGUUCUACGACAGAAAGAGCACUCAAGGAAGUGGAGGCUUGGGAUGUCCAGGACAGCGAAGAUCGGGAUCGGCGGGUUCCCACACUUGACGAUAGAUUUGAUACUUGGCUUGAUGUCUUCGACUGGGCUCGGGAACAGCAAAAACUACGAGAAGCCUCUGGAUUUCAGGAUUGGAAAGGCCCACCGCUGAGUCUGCUUCAGACUCUGUCUAGGGUUCAGCUCGAUGAGCUCUUGUCAAAUGAGCGGCUUCUUCGACGUUUCUAUGGAGGGCCGGAUUGCAGUAGCUUGGUGGAUGAACAGCCCAGGUAUCCUUUUUCGAUGAAGAAGAUAAGAACGUUGGAAUGGUCAGUUGCCAAGAUGGUCUUAAAGCUGCUCAUGUACUGUUCCAAGAACUCUUUGGAACCUCGGGAAGGUUCAGGUCGUCCUACCAACUCUUUGCUGCGCGAAUUAGCCAAAGACGAAGAGAUCUUACAAAGCAAGCUUGAUCACGCAAGUGAACGUCUACGCACUCUACACGCCGAGCGCAGGAGUCGCCCUUAUUACGAAGAAUUCGAAUCCCCACAACUUCCCAACUACGAUGACACAACAAUCGAAGAAUAUGAACAAACAACGGACAUGAACACAUCUUUGCAAAAUUUACUGGAGCUCAUGAAGCAGGAAACAGAUUUGGGUAGUCUAAUGUCUAAAAUAUGCUACAAUCUAUUAACAGCUCGGACACCACCAAAUACCCAAACCUACAACAUGCUCCUCGUUCGCUUCUGUGUACUUGAAAGGGAAGACCUAGUCCAGGCGGUACUGGCCUCCAUGCGCGCAUCUCAUAUACGGCCAAAUGAAAUCACCCAUGCUACUCUUCUGCGACACUUCACCGCAACAGGGAAUCGGGUUGGGUUUUUCGAGUACUGGAGGCGUAUGGAAGGACACCGUGGGGGACUAGCUUUGGCAAAUCCCGAGCUGAACAUUCAUCCGGGUGUGAAGGAACGAUACCUGGUUUUUGGACGACAACACCACAAAGCUGCUGAAAAGGGACGCAUGAACGGUCAAGUAUACGAGUCGCUGAUCGUAGGCGCACUACAAUUUCUUGGUCGCCAGACCGCAAUGCACUACUACCGCAACAUGAUCAGCGAAGGCUGGAGCCCCGGUCUCGCGAUCUCGCUGGCUAUUCUUCAGGAUUGCUGCCAUAGGUCGGACUGGACAGUGGGGACAGUGGUUUUGGAACAACUGGAAGAGACCGCGGAGAUGAUCAGUACUGUCACAUACGAGUGGAUGCUGCGUCUUUGCCAGUGCUGUGGACAGCAGCAGUAUUUCGACCAGAUACUGCGCAAUGGAGUACAUUGCGGCGCUUUACCGGCAUCCAUGUUGGACCUUCCUGAUCAUGCCAAAGCUGAAGAUGUUGCCUUCCUCAUCGAGCGUGCUAAAGAUAUUCAACCACGCAAAGCGAUCGGUACGUUGGAGAAGGCAAGAAUAAGCCACCAUCUAGGCGACAAGAGUCCUUUCCUUUUAGAGAACGUCCUCCAUGCUUGCGAGGACGAAGAUACGCUGCGUCGCACGAUCAACCGAACACAUAACAGGUGGGAGGCGAGGCUUGCCCUUCAAAAGAGGCUGGAUGUUAUUUCCUCAGAAGUUGACCACACCGUCCUCCAAGCCAACCACGUGCUGUAUGCUUUGAAGCACUUAUCUUCUGUAAAGUUCUGGCUAUCCGAGGGAGUCAAGCGUUUGGAAAAGGAAUUCGAGCAGAAUGCCAGUAGUGUUGUGUAUGCCUCCUGUAGUGACGUGGUGAGGGAUACGAAGAUUCAGAGAACCCAGGCAAGAAGAGCUAAAGGCGGAGAUGCCGAGAGUGGCAACUUGGUGGACUUGGGGAUCACAGCUGGCUUUCCUCAAAAUGAAGCUGAGUGUGUGUCUCAUCUACCGCCAGGAGAUCAACGACGCGACCUGGCCCAAUGGAGUCAGCCUAGCUCACCGCAAAUGACGAAUCCACCAAAUGGUUCAUUCUGGAAAGAGCCUGAGGAGAAAAUGGCUGCUACGGCAUAG